AUGUCCAUUAAUGGACAAUGCGUUGAAAGAGUACACAGUUUUAAGCUCUUGGGUGCCUAUCUAUCAGACGAUCUUACCUGGAAUACCCACGUUGACCAUAUCUUGAAGAAAGCUAACUCCCGACUCCCUAUCCUCCGUUUAUUGAAGAAAGCAGGCCUGGGUCACACUGAUCUUAUAACCAUCUACUGCUCAGUUAUUCGCUCCAUACUUGAAUAUGCAUCUCCAGUAUGGGCAGCUCUUCCUGACUACCUAUCCUCUCAUCUUGAAUCGGUCCAAAAGAGAGCACUUUUAAAAAGCAUUGCAGACCUCAAAACCUUGGUAUGUCGAAGAGAUGAGUUAUGUAGGAGAUUUCGGCCACCCCGUUAAUACGGUCAACGGCCAUAUUGUAGGGUCCCGAACUAAAGAAAUCAUCCCGUUAAUACGGUCACUCAAAAAAAUAAAUGUGUUUACGGACGGAAAUGCAGUAUAAUUUAAGACACCUUGUGCAGUGAAAGACACAAUUCAAGUUGCAUCAUAUUACUAAUUUUUUUAUUUUUAUUAUCAGUCUGCCAAAGGAAAAGAAAGAAUACUGUAGGUUUGAAACGCUUAUCCUACUGUAAUAAUAGUUCAUUAUGUUUUAGUUAAUAUAUAUAUAUAUAGUUAAUUUGAUUGAUAUAUACCAGGACGGAAACAGCUAUACCAUAUGUUCCUAAUAGACUAGAUAGCGUGAGUUCGUAAAGCUGUGACUGCGUCAGAGUAAGGACGUGUAAUUGCUACAAAGCUAUUUUAAAAGGGGAUAUUUCUACAUAUUUGUACGAAGAACUGCUAUUGAAUUCAUCGCUACUCGUUUGGUACAAGUGUAAACCAAAGUACGUAAGUUUUACAGUAUUGCAUGUGCUUGUUAGUUUUGUUAGUCAAUGACAUUUGUGUGUUAGUUUUCGCAUGCAUUUAAGUAACAUAGUUGUUAAGUAGUUUAUUUUAUUGUCAUGUUUCAGUUCGAACCUACAAUUUAUGCUACAAUUUAUGCUACAAUUUCAAUUUGUGUCGCAACUUAUCUACAAUUUAUCCUACAAAUCUACGACUGCGCCUAACCUACAAGUCCCACAUCGUGUUUAUUCUGCGAUUUGCUACCCGCGUAUUGAAUUUCUACUUGGCUACAAUACGUUGCGUGACUUGUACAAAAGGCCAUUUUGUUGAAUAUUAAAUUUGUUAAACAUUGUACAUCGAUUUGCUAUUUGUUGAGUUCGAAUAUUUAUUUGUACCUAUAUCAACCAUUCAACCCCCAUGUGACUCUUGUAUUUGGCAACCAGGAGUUACAAAUACAAGGUUCUUUAGCGACGUUUAACUUUUGAAUUUUUGCUCUUUUCGUCCAGUUCAGAGUAUCUUUUUCUGGUUUCAUGUCUGACCGAUAAAUUAUUGUCAAUGUCCAAAAGUUUCUUUAAUAAAUCGACAUAUAUUUUAUCACCCUGAAAUUUAUAGAUGCACGGGACUUCCAUACCAUAUCCACCUCCAUGAUGAUUGACAGUUUUUCCAACUACCUUGACUUCAGCUUCACUGCCUGUUUUCAUUAGGAAGUGCCUGAUUAUACCUGUUCCUUGCUUUGUACUAUAGCUAAGCCCUUUGGUAUAUGGCCAACCACUUUCCCGUCUUUUACCACAGCAAUAGCAUUCUUGUCCUGCUCAUUUUGUGGCUCGUGUUUCAAAUUCAGAACUACUCCAAUCUUGAUCUGCCAGUAAUCUUUGUACGCAUGGUAUCCCCGAAUCCAUGAAGGAAUUUCGAUUUCAUCAAAGGCUUAGAUCCGACAUAAUGCACGAAAUACAAACACGUUUUUGCUAUCUGCGAACGGCUAAUGAAAUGUUUCCUUGUGUUCUUGUGUUGUCGGAAGUGUGUGGGGAUUGUCAAAAUAAUGUCAGUUAUACUAGUUAUGGUAGAAGAUGUGAGAAAGUGUGAACAAGGUAUAUGGUUUCAAAAUUUCGCAGCUUUGUGCGCAAACGUAUUUAUACUUUUGAGUCGUUCCUUGUCUCGAGUGAGUUACGUUUGUCAUGUCAUCAAAAGGUAAACGUAAACGGCAAGAACUUGACUUGAAAACGCGAUAUGAAGUAAUCAAAUUUAGCGCUGCAAAUCCUAAGGAAAGCACAAGAAAACUAGUAGAAAAAAUUGGUUGCGGAAGAACUCAAAUUCAAGGGAGAUGAGAUCCUGUCAGCUUUCGAGGCUAAUUGUAGCAGCGACACAAAAGGGUCGAGAGGAGGGAAGAAUGCUGAAAUUGAUAGCGCAUUGCUGGCAUGGUUUCGUAAAGCGAGAAGCAAGAAUAUCCCUAUAUCUGGUCCGAUACUACAAGAAAAAGCCAUGCAAAUUGCCAAAGCUUUAGAUGUAGCUCCAUCUGAGUUUAAAGCAUUAAACGGAUAUCUAGAUCGCUUUAAGAAUAGAAAUAAUAUCAAGGCUAGAUUUAUUUCUGGUGAAGUGGGAGAUGUGAACGAAACAACGGUCGACUCCUGGAAAGAAAAACUCCCAGAAAUCGUACAAGGAUGGGAACCCGAGAACAUUUGGAAUAUGGAUGAAACUGGUCAAUUCUUUAGCCUUUGCCGAAUAAAUCUCUGGCAGAUUCAUCCCGUAAUUGUACAGGUGGUGGAAAAAAAUCUAAGGAAAGACUGACUUGUGCUUUUUUCGUGAAUGCUAAAGGUGGCAAAGAAAAGCCUAUUGUUAUUGGCAAGUCAGCUAAGCCAAGAUACUUUAAGGGGAUUUCCGAUCGAUCAAAAUUACCGUGCGUGUAUUUCAAUCAACGUAAAGCGUGGAUGGAAAGUGAAAUUUUGGAAGAGAUUCUCAUUAACCUGAAUCGCCGUUUGAAAACCCAGAAUCGAAGAAUCCUCUUGUUUAUGGACAAUGCCCCAUGUCACCCCGAAGAUCUGGGCGAGAAAUUUACACAAAUCAAAGUCCUGUUUCUACCUGCAAACAUUACAUCUCGCUUGCAGCCACUUGACCUCGGAAUAAUACAGGAAUUUAAACUCAAGUACUACAGGUGCUUGUUAACACACGUAGUUAGCACAAUUGAUGUGUGUUCUUCUGCAUCUGAAGUUUGCAAGUCAAUCGAUGUUUUACAAGCAAUGCGAUGGACUGCAAUGGCAUGGAACGAUGUUUCAGAAUCAACCGAGUCAUUAAAUGUUUUAUCAAGGCAGGCAUACUUAGUUCUGAAGGUGGAGUUAAUGCCCUGGAGCCGGAGAACAGUGAUGUUACGUUGA